AUGACUGUUCGAGAGGGUGUGAUUGGUGAUGCCUUCAUUAUUGUCAUGAAAAACUUGUCAGAACAAACCGAGUUGAAGAACAUGUUGACCAUGCAACAAGAAAAAUUAAUGGAAAUUCAAAAAGUCGCCAAGUUUGAUAAAGUCAUGGCAGAUAAGGAAUUAAGGAACAAGUUCAAAGAAUUCACAAUUAAGGAAAGAAGUUCUGAAAAUUUCCUCUUCCUUGAAAUGGUUGAACAAUACAAGACCAUUUCGAAAUCUAAGGAACGAGCAGUUCUUCAAAAGGAAAUCAUUCGACGACAUUUGCUACCAAAUUCACCUCAACCACUCAAUGUUUCUCAGAAAAUUCUCGAAACAGAAUAUAAGAAAAUUGCCAGUGGUUAUGGUCAAUUGGAUUUAUUUGACAAGUUGGAAGUUGUUGUGAAAGGAAUGAUUUUGGAUGACACUUUUUCAAGAUUUAUGAUUGAGCGAGAAAAUGAGGAGAGCACGGACACUUCAGAUUCAACAUCCUCAAUGACUAACCAUACUAAUUGUUGA